AUGGCGCUCCGGUAUGGGACAGAAUCGCCAAAGAAGGCGUAUCCUGGCGAAAUUCUUCUUGUUAUCCAUGAUUUUGAAGCACGCAGCUCUGAUGAGCUGACCCUCUCUAAAGGCGACCGCCUGGAGCUGAUUGAACGAGAUGAUGAUUUCGGUGAUGGCUGGUAUUUAGGCAGGCACAUGCUGACUGGCAUGACUGGCCUUUUUCCAGAGGUCUACACAACCACAGCCCCCAAAGGCCUGUCCGCAUUUCGCACUGGUUUGACACCAACCCCUUCGACAUCGACUCAGAUCAAGGACGCGACAACCUCUCUAGGCACUCCAUCCAUUGACCAAGAGGGUUCCACAACAUCUGCCACGCCGAGCCUCACGCCGCAAUCCUCAUACAAUGCCGGAUCGACUGAUCACUUCAGCUCGAGCGCUGCUGCCGCCCCGGCACCACUUAAUCCUUCGCAAUCCACACAACCACCUGUGGCCUUGGCAAACCCCGUCAUACAUUCAUCGCCCACUCCGAUCGGCUCGGCGGCGCAGAGAAGCAUCGGCGCGACCAUGCAGAAUCAGCACCUCCAUGGACAAGAGAGCCCAGUCAUGAAUGAGACCCUCAGCGUCAUUGAUGAGCAUAUUACCGAUCUCAGUACGCCUCGGCAAGGCGUGAACGCAGCUCUACGGAGGAGAGCAGCCGACUCGGAGAACGACUAUGGCGCUCGCAUCGAUCAUCGCCUUUCUUACAUCGCCGGUCAUGAAACCGACGAGGAAGAAGAAAACCUGCAUACUGAAGAAGAGGUAUCCCUCUGGACACCAGCUCAGGUUGCAACCUACCUCGAGGAAAUGGGCGUCGAGCCUGCCCAUUGUCAAGUCUUCCAGGAACAAGAGAUUUCGGGAGAAGUCCUCCUCUCCAUGGACCAGGCUGCGAUAUUCAUCAAGGAAUUUGACUUGGGUCCAGUCGGCCGGAGACUGCGGACGUGGAACAAGAUUAAACAGUUGCAGCUGGAGGCCAAAGGUUCGAAGCCUGCCAGGCGUGAUUCAAGAGGACCAAGCCGCGAUGGUCGAUCAAGCAGCAUAGGAAAGGACAAACAUGGCAGCGGCGCACCGGUGCUUCCGCGAAUCCCGAGCUUGAUGGAAAGCGCAGAGGUCAGAUACAGCCGUUCGGCAGGAUCCAAGGACGCGCCCCUUCCGUUACAGUCAACAACACCAUCGGCGGCUAUCUCGCCUACUAAAUUCGUUCCUGCCGGCCUCUCGCAACAAGGCUCUCGCCGGCCCUCGGCCGCUUCCAUUCGUGAAUUCAACAACUCUCGCCGGCAAUCUUCUCUCGACUAUCCGAACAGCAGCGUACAUCCUCCGCUGCCGGCACCUGUCCCCGCUAACCCUGGCCUCGGACAUGCGGCCAGCCAGCCGAUCGUCCCGCUCCAUCGAAAAGCACCGUCUUUUGACAGGAAUUGGACCAUGGGCGAAAUGUCUCUUUCAGCCGUAGUCAAUAGUGGACGGCCGGCUACGGCCACCGCGGCAACUCACGGACACACCACCAGCACCGACCGCAACACGCUGUCAGCAUCUCUUGGACGCGAUUCUGUUUAUUCUGCAAAUGUCCCAGACCUUGAUCGUGGAUAUUUCUCUGGUGGCGAGGCGGAGGACCGUAGGGCUCGAAAUGUUCUCAAGAAACGAGACGUCAAUGGACAUUCUCGAAAAUCUAGUUACACAGAUGAACAUCGACGACGGAGUAGCGCUGGAGUCGCCCGUUACACUCGCUUUGGAAGCACCGAUUCUGGUCGAGACACGCUUGGCCCAGUAGUAUCUCCUGCAUCCAAGAUGUACUACGGUAUGCCCAAAGAGAGACGUGCCGCGAGCGCUGGCGAAGCUGGCAAUACGCAGUCUACAUCCAAGGCGUUCCUCCCACCAACUGUGACCAAGCUUGACUACGACCCCAACAUGAAUUCAACUGUCGUCACCUCAACUUCGAAGACCGAAAGUGAUGUAUCAUCUAGUGGCAGGGGUUCGCCUUUACCUCAACUGAAAACUUCGGCGUCAAGCAAGCUGCGCGCAUUUGGAUUUCGGGCAAUAUCUGAUGCAGUCACUGGUGGAGAGAAGUCCUUUUUCAGUUCGCCCCCCGGUUCGGCCAAUUCGCUCAACGAAUCCCCUCUGCGAUCUCCCUCUCGUAGGGACUCUGGUACUCCUUCUGGCGGCUCGAAGAGCUUGGAGAUGGAAAGUGCAGAUGCAACCCGGAACAACAGCACCGGCUCCGGAGGCGGGACCCCUACAUCCUCUGCAGGUGCUCGACGACGCAAAUCCAAGAAGGAGACUAGCGCGUACAUGCGCGGAUUAGAGAAGAAGACGCCCCGUGAACAGAUGGUCGGUUGCGAUUACAGUGGGUGGAUGAAGAAGAAGUCUUCUAACCUCAUGGCUACCUGGAAACCGCGUCUGUUUGUACUUCGUGGCCGACGCUUGUCGUAUUACUACUCGGAAGAUGACCAGGAAGAGAAGGGGUUGAUUGAUAUCUCAUUUCAUCGGGUGCUCCCCGCCGACAAUGACCGACUUCAUGGGCUGCACGCAACCCUCACCGGCGCUAGUGUCACAUCCAUGUCUCCGCAAAAGGCGCAACUCCCGACGAAUGCUUCUGAGGAGGUCGCAAAUGACCCUGACCUGCAAACGGUUAAAUCGGCCAACGAAGGCCUGUUUAUCUUCAAGCUCGUUCCUCCUCGUACCGGCCUCACGCGAGCCGUCACCUUUACAAAGCCAACCGUUCACUAUUUUGCCGUGGACAAUGUGAAACAGGGCCGGCUGUGGAUGGCAGCCUUGAUGAAAGCCACCAUUGAGCGUGAUGACUCUGUUGACAUAACAUCAACUUAUCAACAAAAGACAAUCAGCCUCGCCAAAGCACAGGCCAUGCGACAGCGCCCUCCAGCUCUGAUGCCCGCUGAGGAGAAGGCUAGCGAACAAGAACAUACGGCGGCGGCGGCGUCAGCCGAAGAAGGGCUCAAAAUCCAUGGUCUCCAACUGGACUCGCCCAAAGCAGAUGAGAUCAAGAAGGAUGAGAAUCAAGCCACGGUCAAUGGCUCCACAGCUGCCAGCUUGAGCUCAGUCACCCAUGAACCUGUUGACACAAAACCACCAUCUGCUGCUGAGGUUGCAGAUGGCAAAUCGCGUUCCAGUGCCGAAGGUCAAACCCCAUGA